UUGAUCAGUUAGUUGUUUGUUUCCGUUUCAACGUCGUUAUAAUUAUGAAGGUACAAAGUGCUUUGUUGUCAUUUUUGUUUUUGGUCCUAGCAAGUUGCGUUGAAGGCAAAAAAAACGACACCAUCCCGGAUCAUAUUAUAAAUUUGGCAGAAAAUGUUGUAAAAGGCGUGAACAUAACAAUGGAUAAGGGAUUCGACGUUCUUCUUGAAACUAUAAUUUGGCCGGGAUUGAAAGUUGUCGAGGGGGGCAAUGCAGUCGUCAAAAGAUUGGAAAAUGCAGUUAUACAAGGAAUAAACGGCUUAAAAAUAUUUCCAAAUUUGAACAUAAUUAAAAAAUUACUACAUGGUGCGCAAGAUUGUGCAAUUAAAGAGGGUAAAAAUAUACCGAAAAAAAUUUUAAGAAAUGUGGCGGGUUGCUUCAAAGGUAAAUUAGACAUUCUCGGAAAUAAUAUUAUUGGAUUACUUGAAGAAGUCAAAGAUCUGUUUUCCGUCGUGUAUGGUUUGUUUGGGCUGCCGACAAAGAACGGUAAUUUAUUUUCUAAAGCCGCUGAUGCCAUGAAAAUUCUACAAAAAAUCCCAACCACCAUCAAUAGUGUAUUAGAAAGUUUUACAAACAUUAUUUCCGGAGCGACUAGUAUUCCGGCAGAUGUGCCAAUUUGUUUGACAGAAACUCUUACCGUUAAACCCGCACUUAUUAUAACAACAUCUGUGAUGAAGAUUCUUCAGUGCACACUUGAUAAACUUGCAUAAUUGUAAUUGAAAUAAAAAGUUUAUGUGAAUUUCA